CUCUUCUUCCCCGCUCCCGGGAUCCCGACACCCGGACGGCGGCAUCGCCGGCGGUAGGUAAUGGUCUUGACGCUUCCGGAGUCCGGGAUCCCAGGUCCCACUCACACCAUUUUUGACAAAACUCCAUUUAGCAACAUGCAGGUAGUUUUCCUCAUAAAUCCCCUUAGGUAAAAUACUAAAUAUAUUGUCUCAAUAAUACACCAUUCUCCCUCUUCCAUUGUGUAGCCAGCCAUCAUAUUAAUUCAUUCCACACACACACACAUAUAUAUACAUAUACAUAUAUAUAUCUCCCCCCUUGUCUCCAGAUCUUCUUCCAUCCCAAAUCAACCUGUGUUUCUGCAAACACUAGCCAUUAUCCAAUCUGUAAGAAAAUGGGGAGACCCAAUUCCCAUGCCAAGGAGGAGCUCAAGAAAGGGCCAUGGACGAGGGAAGAAGACCAGAAACUACUCGCCUAUAUCGAAGAACACGGCCACGGGAGCUGGAGGUCCCUCCCUGCCAAAGCAGGGCUUCAGAGGUGUGGGAAGAGUUGCAGGCUGAGAUGGACGAAUUAUCUGAGACCUGAUAUAAAAAGGGGAAAGUUCAGUCCCCAUGAGGAGAAAACCAUAAUUCGACUCCAUGCUCUUUUGGGAAACAGGUGGUCAGCAAUCGCCGCACAUUUGUCCAAACGUACGGACAAUGAAAUCAAGAACUACUGGAAUACCCGUUUGAAGAAACGGCUGGCCCGAAUGGGGAUCGACCCGACGACCCAUAAGCCGAAAAACAACCCGGCUCAGUCGAGGCACGCCGCCAAUCUCAGCCACAUGGCUCAAUGGGAGACGGCUCGGCUCGAAGCUGAAGCCCGGCUCGUUCGCGAGUCGAAGCUCCAGUCCAAUCUCCGCCUCCUCCACAGAUUCAAUCCCCGCCCGCUGCCGCCGCCUCCGCCGCCGCGGUAUCUGGCGGCGCCGCCGUGCCUGGACGUGCUCAAGGUCUGGCAGCAGACCUCCGGCAGCAGCCCUAAUGGCCUUUUCGGCUCACCGGGAAGCCUCGAGUCGCCGACUUCCACGCUCAACUUCUCCUGCAACAAUUACACAAUGUCUGCAGUCAAUUCACUAAUGGCAAACGACGUCGUAUCCACGAACAACUACAGCACGUGCGACCCAACGUACGGCACCGCUUAUAACGCCUCCGAGGUUAAGGGCAAAAUAGAGAAUUCACUACGACCUGCCCACGACGACAGUCACGAGGAUAGCAGCCUUCCUUGUCCUCCUCAUCAGGACAGUUCCAUCUACCGGUUCGAUGACGUGGCGUCCGGUUCAUUGAACGACCUUGGCGGACCGGGUUUAUUUGGGAUGGUCGAAGAAUUUGAGGACAGCAGGAGUUACUGGAACGAGCUGCUGAACAUGGUGAGCUCUCCGGCCAUGGAGCUGCCGAGAUUGUAGGGGUAGAUUGGCAAAUUCACGUGCAUGAUUAAUACAACGCCCAGUUAUUAAUUUAGCUCGUGUGUGAGAACUCUAAUGCUGUGUUAGAAGAUUAGGGUUUUUCUUAUGAAUUAGAAAUCAAUUCAAAGCCUCGGAUCAGUUAAUUUGCAAAUAUUAAUUUUGUAAUUUUACAUUUACUUUCUGUUCAUGGUCAAAGUUGGUUAUAUUUAUAUACA